AGCCCUUCUUCCUGUCGUUAAGAGGGCCUGAAGCACAUACUUAGGGCCUGGUGCUGUCUCCUCUCCAUCACAGCUCUGCCACAAAGCUGAUUCUCCGGGGCGACCAGACUAAUUAGUCUUUCACUCUAUACUAUGAAGCACAGCGGCCCCUAUGGGAGCAGGCAACUGCUUGUCUCCAGAGGAAUCAGCACUACCACCUAGCUCCCUCCCCUGCCAGCCCUGUUACAUCUUUCUCCAGAAGGUAUUAUAGAGCAACCCCAGCCGCAGGAGGUGUUCUCUCUGCUUGGGCUCUGCUCCUACAAAUGGCCUCACCCUGAGACUAGGUGCUGCUUCACGGUCACAGGCCUCUCCUUCUGAUGAAGAGAGGAGGGAAGGAUGGACUACACUCACCAAGCUUCCCUAAUCCCAUGUGGACAAGACAAGUUCAUGCCCAAGAAUGAACUUCUCCUACAUCUGAAGACCUACAACUUGUACUAUGAAGGCCAAAACCUGCAACUCCGACACCGAGAGGAGGAAGACGAGUUCAUUGUGGAGGGGUUGCUGAAUAUCUCGUGGGGGCUGCGCAGGCCCAUUCGGCUGCAGAUGCAGGAUGACCACGAACGCAUCCGUCCCCCUCCAUCCUCCUCCUCCUGGCACUCCGGCUGUAACCUGGGCGCACAGGGCACCACAUUGAAGCCCCUCACCAUGCCCACUGUUCAGAUCUCAGAAGUGGAUAUGCCUGGUGAAAGCGUCGAGACACACAGCCCAUCAGAUGCCAGAGGCCUGAAGCCUGUGCAGGAGGACACCCCACAGUUGAUGCGCACACGCAGUGAUGUUGGGGUGCGUCGCCGUGGCAACGUGAGGACAUCCAGUGACCAGCGACGAAUCAGACGCCAUCGCUUCUCCAUCAAUGGCCAUUUCUAUAACCACAAGACGUCAGUGUUCACACCAGCCUAUGGCUCUGUCACCAACGUCCGCAUCAACAGCACCAUGACCACUCCGCAGGUCCUGAAGCUGCUGCUCAACAAGUUUAAGAUUGAGAAUUCGGCAGAAGAGUUCGCGCUGUACGUGGUCCACACCAGUGGUGAAAAGCAGAAGCUGAAGAACUCCGACUACCCCUUGAUCGCCCGCAUCCUCCAGGGCCCCUGUGAACAGAUCUCCAAAGUUUUCCUGAUGGAGAAGGACCAGGUGGAGGAGGUCACCUAUGACGUGGCCCAGUAUAUAAAGUUCGAGAUGCCAGUCCUUAAAAGCUUCAUUCAGAAACUCCAGGAGGAAGAAGACCGAGAGGUGGAGAAACUGAUGCGCAAGUACACUGUGCUCCGGCUAAUGAUUCGGCAAAGGCUAGAGGAGAUAGCAGAGACCCCCGAGACCCUCUGAGCCACGGGAAUGAAGGCAACCCAGACUCUCCAGGACCUGAGGCUGACCUGAGGAGACCCGUGGGAAGCUAGGCAUCCUUCCACAGACACGUUUUCACAUGAACCAAAGCCAGCACUGCUCCCUGCAGUAGGACACAGAAGCAGCAGACAGCUGGAUCCCGGCCCUUCUUCGUUUCAUUCUCAGGAGGACCCGCAAUGUGUAUGCUCUCAUUCCUGAGUGUGUGUAUGUGUGCACACACAGGCAAGUGUGCAUAUGUGUACUUACUCUGUCCACAUGCCUCCCUGAUGUUCUUACAUUCCCUUAAAUUCCAAGCAGCCAGCAGGUGCCAUGUGGCUGGCACACAUAGUGCUCCUGUGCAGGAAGAACAGGGGAGUGGUGGAGGCUUUUUGCCUCUUCCAGUGCCAACGACAGCCGCACUUAUCUGCCAUGUUUGACAGGGAGGAGGAGGAGGCUGCAGGCUCACCAUUUGGAAUGUCUGAAGGUUUACAGCAGAGAUUCUUCUCAUUUGCCAAGAAGGAUGGGUGACCGUGAGAUCCUUGGGAAUUCAUCAAGUGGCAGCCCCAUGCCUUUGGGGCAAGUCCAAUGAAAUGGAAAAGCAAGAUCACCUCGGGGUGGAUGCAAUGAGUCUAUGAGUUUUUGCACUGGAAGGAUUAUCAUUGUAGAAAGCACAAUUAAUGUCCCCAUCUUAUGCGACUGCCCGGAAAGAAUAGAUUCUGCCUUUGUUCUUGGAUUUGUGGAGGCUUCUGGGUGUUUCUCCUCUCUGGCUGCCACUUCAGUUCACUCUGACCUGCUCAUGUGCCUGAGCCAGGUGUAUGCUGGGAUAAAUGGCACUCAAAAGUUUUUAAGCACUUGUAGACCGAAGGGAAGGUUCUGAGCCACCAGCUGAGACGACAGGCGCCUUAAGCCUAGCCCACUGCCACACCAGUAAGAGCAUCUCGCACAUGGAGUUGGAGCACUGUGUUUGAAGUUGCAUGCCUUUCUUUCUGGCCUUUGUGCACAUGCGAGCUCCUUUACCUUAUGCAUGAGGAUGGAUUCCAAGAAUGGAGACCUGUCUUGUUGCUCAUUCAACAUAGGGAGUAGGGAAGCUCUAUAGGGAGUUCCAUGGGUGUGGGCAGAGAGGACAGCGCUUGCUUAGCCUUUGAGAAGUCAUGCCCCUGAUUUUUAGAACCAGCCUCAUUGGCAGAAAGGGCUGAUCCCGUAACCCCUCCAUUCGGGAUGCUGUCCUGUAGCUGGUCCCCUGUGUGACUUGUAGCAUUUGAGGCUGGACAGGUGGAUGUACUUGCUACUGGUCUAUGAAACUCAACCAGGUGAGAUGAACAGUCCGCAACUCAAACAACUUUGAGUCUUGCCACAACAGGGUGCUCUUGCCUACCUGCUUUCAAGAAAGCUCUAGAAGCCAAGCAGUUGAGCAGCUAAGGGACCCUGACCUGUGUGCCUUUUAAGGAAGGUGGACUCUGUUCCUGCGGCAGACCUGUUCCUGUGUAGGAAUGUCACUGUCCUUUGCCCUUCUCAGAGGCCCACACCUGUGAUCUCGUUGUGCGCUUUCAGACAUGGCUUGUGGCCAGCCAUUUUGCUGGGUAGCACUUAGCAACCUUGCACUUCUUCCGGGGCAGCAUAAUCCAUCCCAUGAACAGUGGGAUGGAAACCCAGUGGGUCUCAGUUUCUAUCAUAGACUCCAAAGACAACAAAGCACAGAACUGGGGGGUGGGUGGGGGACGUAGCUUUCCUUGUGUGCAUACACCCCAGAAAAACUCUGAACUCAGUGGGGAGCUGGGGUGGGGGCUCCUCUACUCCAGACAAAGAGCAGCUCUGUGAGUGCAAAUAUUUGAGAAAAUCUGAUUUGGAUAAUUUCUCUUCCAGUUAUCUUUAUCUUGAAUGUUCAGAGCCAAUGUUGAUCCACAGUUCUCCCUUGGGAACUUGGGGGCUUUCCAUGGAGCACACGCACUAACCGGGAAGUUAUUUCUGAUUUAUGAAAGCUCAUUGUGACAGUGUCAGUAUGUGACUUGUUUCUGGGCGUUAGGUUGCUAGGCUUUCCAAGAAGGUGUUGCCAAGAUAGAUGGCUUUUAAAAAAUGGGGUUCAGAAAGGGAGUUGGGGUACAUGUUCACUAAUCCAUCCUGGCACAUUCCCUAGAGAUCAGUUCUCAUGUCCAAAGAGAACUGGUCAGGAGUUCUAGGAAAUUGGCCAGGGAUGAGACUCAGUGGUAGAGCAUUUUCUUAGUGUGUGUAUGAAAAGCUGACUUUACUCUCUAGUCUCUCUCUCUCUCUCUCUCUCUCUCUCUCUCUCUCACACACACACACACACACACACACACAUUAAAAGAAACGAAAGAAGCAAGCAAGCAAGCGCUGUGGUACAGUUUGCAGGAUGUUAGCAUGGUAGGGCCUGUUUCCUGACACCCGCACCAAGCACCACCCUCCCUGUGAACUUUGGAAACCUUUGACAUAGCUGUAGCAGAACAGACCUCUACAGUGGCAACUGGAUUUUCUCACUGGUCUCACUUCACCUCGCAGCUUUGAACUCCGAGACCGAUUAGUGUGGGCUUAUGUAAUUGGGUGCAGUGGGCCUGAAAUCCUGAGGCAUAAAAGACUAGCACACGAGGCGGUGGGGGGGGGCAUUAAUCCAACAUGUGAAAAGCGAUUUGGCUGCAUCUGGACUCUUCCCCUCCCCCAACCCCCACGAAGGCUUAUGUUACAGGUGGCCAAGCGACGAGAACACGGGCCUCCGUCUGAGUGAGGGGGUGAGAUCAAGCACAGGUUCACUUUCUCGGUGACCAUGUCCGUGGGGAGGUGAUGCCUACAAUGCGUAAGGUUGUUAGUUGGAACAGGGCCCAAAGCACAAACACCAGUCAUGCCUGUGCUACUGGUGAGGGCACACUGCCAACACACUGAACAGAUGCAUCUUGGAGCCGAGGCUGGGGAGAGAGCCCCCCGUCUCUCCCCCUUCCCUCCCCCCCAUCCCCCCUUCCCCCCCCCUCCCCAGGACAGUGCCGCAGGCCAAGACUGAGAUGUUGGUCUGGGACAUGCUGAUGGUUUGGGAAGAAAUAUUCUCAACCUUCUCCUUUCCUAACUAUUUCUAGAAGCUUCCAGAUAGAGAGAUGUUAUCAUUUUAUCCGUGCCAUAUGAUGGUCCUCCAAAAUCUGCAAAAACAACUUGGUACGGAUUGUGUUUUGUGGUUCUGAGUGUGGAUUUGAUGUCAGGAGGGUAGAUGAGGAAACUGGCCAAACAGGGCAAGAAGCAUUCAAGAAAUGCCGGUGCUUGGAAAUGACAGGAACAGUAAAGCCUCAAAUCAAAACCCAAAUUUUAUUUGAAGCUUUGUAACACGGAGAACUUGGGGUUAGGGAUACAUUUCCAAGAAAGAGCUAUGUCCAGUGACCAAAGGAGUUCUAACGUCCCACAGGAGUAAGCUUUGCCCUGGGUGAGGGAGGAGGCAGGGGACUGCCCCAGCUAACUCCCACAGCACUGCCUGUUUUAAAGCUGCUUAGGUUGUUUUCUGUAAAGCUUGGCUUCCGCCAGAUGAGAGAGCAUCUAUAAACCUGGCGUGACAUUCAUCCUUUCAGACAUAAUUGAAGGUAUUCACCAUAUCUUGGGAUGCACCUCCCUCCCUCCCUCCCCCUCCCAUUAAUCUGAGCACAGGGGUACUUAAGCUGUGAACGUUCGAGAAGCCUCUGUCUCCAGGGGUUACUACUAGUGAUUCUUCAGUUUUCCCUCUUAGCUGGGUGGAGUCUUUCUUUCUUCGGCCUAACUUGCCUAUUAGGAAUGGUACAUGACUUGGUUCAACUGUCGGUUAUGAACUUAAAAUCUAGAUGUACUUCAGUGUCUUAACAUGAUUGGACGGGGCCUCAGUGGGCAGUCGUGGUUUUGUAACCUUUUAAUCUUUUUUUUUUUUUUUUUUUUGUAAUGUACCCAUCUUAGACCUUAUUUAAAUAAAGCACUUUUAGAAGCGA